AUGGAAGCACCCAAGUUUUUCCAGAGCAGCUUUUGCCCACAAUUCCCCUCCGACAACAAGAGCAAUAAUAACGCCAGCGCUACCGACCACUUCAUCGUCGAGGACCUCCUCGACUUCUCCAACGACGACGCUAUCAUUACCGACACCACCUUCGACUCCGUGCCCGGCAUCUCCACCGAUUCUUCCACCGUAACCGCCGUUGAUAGCUGCAACUCCUCCUCCUUCUCCCCCAACCUCGUCGCCGAUAUUGGUUGCCGGAAUAUCUCCGACGGAAAUCUCUCCGGUGACCUCUGCGUUCCGUAUGAUGACCUAGCGGAGCUAGAAUGGCUUUCAAAUUUUGUGGAGGAAUCGUUUUCAAGCGAGGACCUGCAGAAGCUGCAGUUGAUAUCAGGAAUGAAGGCGCGACACGACGACGCAUCAAAGGCCCGUGAGUUUCACUCCGAGCCCAACCGAAACAACCCGAUAUUCAACAACGAAGUGUCGGUUCCAGCUAAGGCCCGAAGCAAGAGAACCCGUGGGCCCCCAUGCAACUGGACCUCACGAUUACUCGUUCUGUCCCCAACGACGUCGUCUUGUUCUGAUCCUGACUUCAUAAUUCCCACCCCUACUUCGCCCUCCGUUGCGGCUUCGCUCCCCUCGAAAAAACCGGCAAAGGUUGCUCCGAGGAAGAAGGAAGGCGGCGACGGCAGCGGCGGGGACGGACGCAAGUGUCUGCAUUGCGCCACGGACAAGACGCCGCAGUGGCGGACUGGGCCCAUGGGCCCAAAGACGCUGUGCAAUGCUUGUGGCGUGAGGUAUAAGUCGGGCCGGUUGGUGCCCGAGUACAGGCCCGCGGCGAGCCCGACGUUUGUGCUGACGAAGCACUCGAACUCGCACCGGAAAGUGCUGGAGCUGCGAAGGCAGAAGGAGAUGGUGCGGGCCCAGCAGCAACAGUUCCUACAACAUCAUCAUCAUCAGAAUAUGAUGUUUGAUGUAUCCAACGGUGACGAUUACUUGAUCCACCAACAUGUGGGACCCGAUUUCACGCAGCUGAUCUAG